GUAAGGGGGAGAAAGAAAGAAAGAAAAAGCCCCUUGUCUUAUUAUCUUCACCACAGACAAACAAAGAAAGAGAAAGAAAGCCUCCGUUCAUGGUGCACAUACAUGCAGCCUAAAUGACAUCACAUUGCUGCAGUGCUGCACUGCCCAUGAAAGGUGUCAGUCGCUUCCUCUGACACCAAGAUUCUGUCCACCGGCCACUCGGCUUCCGCGCGGCUCGAGGCGCAUCAUGGCGUAACGACGUGCAUUUCAUUGACACCGGGCUCCCGUGUUACGCAGGUGGGGCGCAGAUGCACGAGGAGUAAAGAGACGCGGAUUUCCAAAGGCUGCACGUUGUCCAGGACGCCGGCGAGGUCUCCUGCCACAUCCCGCCCGGAGAAAUCGACCGCAUUCGCGUUUGUAGAGGGAGCGCGCGGCGCGUGCCAAGCCAUGUAUGAAAACUAAUUGCUCGCAUGGGUACGCAUUGUAGGCCUAUUAGAGGAGAAAGACGAAGAAGAAGGAGAAGAAAAAGCCCCAGUGUUAUCAGUGGAUGGGUGGGAUUCCUUUCAUUGCGCUUCAGACGGGAGAAGUUAUGACAACAAUUGGCUCCAGUAAUGGCAAACAGCUGCCAGUAAAACAGGCGUGAUAACCGCGCGCCGGUGCUGUAAUUACGAGAGUUUCCGACCUUUUGCAAUCUCUUGACAAUUAAAGACGGAAUUUGAAUCCAAGCCUCAAACGCCAGAGGCUUUAUUUCUCUAUUAUUAUUAUUUUUUUUGUCGAGAGCGCAAACCAUCGCCUCCAAAACGAGCCCCCGGACUGCAGCUUUCCGUCCGGGACUCCAUCUGCGCUGCAAUUCAUAACAAGCGGGAGCAUUGUUGAGAAAUUGAAUCCUGCGUUAAACCCGUGUGCGAGAAGGCUCGACACGGCCACGUACUGACGCUUUAACCCCCUUUUUUGGAGGGGGGGGGAACACGCCUCGGACGCAAGACUCGGACCCUCAAGAGCUUGUUUUUUUUUUCUUCCUGGUUUACAGCUUCUGCCAUUACGUCUCAAUCGGAUCAUCCUGGGAUUUAAGGUGGGGUUUCAUCGCGACGCAGGUACCUGGAAGAUACCCCACUGUCCCUGGUUGAUGACACUUCAGCUGCACAUUGUCACUCAUUGCGCCCGCUGGAUUCUUCAGCGCCAGCCUUCUUUUUACGCGUGCAUUUUGGAAUAAUUGAACUCCCGCUACCGUCCGAGAGUCGUGGUGAAUUUAUCCAGUUUGACAAGUGUGUGGACGUCGGGAAUCAUGUGCGAUAGGAUCAACCCUUCGGCGUCCGCCUUAUUAGUGCCACUUUUGACUGCUUUGAAGUGAACCCCGUGAGGAGGAUCCAAAACGACCCAAUAUUCCGGUGGUGUUUCUCUGUGACACCGGUAGGAGUGACCUGCCUCAGCUCCCUGACUCCCUGAGCACCAUCCGAUUGGCAUGCUGAUGUGAAGCCUGCGAUGAAGAAGGGGGCUUGAGAUCUGGACCAAGAUACCGAUCAACAAUGGACCGCCUGGUUCUUUGCAUGCUGCUGAGUGCAGCUCUGGCGAAGGGGUACAGCUGCCCCGGCCGCUGCAUCUGUCAGCACCUCUCACCAACUCUGACUCUGCUCUGUGCUAAGACCGGUCUGCUGUUCGUGCCGCCCACAAUCGACCGCAAGACAGUGGAGCUGCGACUCACGGACAACUUCAUCACCAUCAUCCGCAGGAAAGAUUUUUACAACAUGACUAGUUUGGUUCACCUGACCUUGUCCCGGAACACCAUCAGCCAGAUCACCCCCCACUCCUUCGUCGGCCUUCGAUCCCUGCGGGCGCUGCACAUGGAUGGGAAUCGCCUCAGUGUGAUAAAGACUGACCACUUUAAGGGCCUCAUCAACCUGCGGCACCUCAUCCUCGGGAACAACCAGAUCCACCAGGUGGCCCCUACCUCCUUUGAUGAGUUUGUUUCCACCAUAGAGGACUUGGAUCUUUCCAGUAAUAACCUGCGCACCCUCCCCUGGGAAGCCAUAGCCAGAAUGGCCAACAUAAACACGCUUACCCUGGACCACAACCUGAUUGACCAUAUUGGACCUGGGACUUUCACGUUGCUCACCAAACUGGUCCGCCUGGACAUGACUUCUAACAGGCUGCAAAAGCUGCCGCCCGACAGCCUAUUCCAGCAGGCACAGGUCCUAUCCGACCCCAAGGACUUCAGCUCUUCAACUCUGGCAGUGAGUUUCGGUGGAAACCCUCUUCACUGUAACUGCGAGCUGCUGUGGCUGCGCAGGUUGACAAGAGAGGAUGAUCUGGAGACCUGUGCCUCGCCAGAUAACCUCAUGGACAAGUAUUUCUGGUCCAUCCAAGAGGAGGAGUUUAUCUGCGAUCCCCCGGUGAUCACCAAGCAUCUUUCCACCAAGCCCUACGUGAUGGAGGGGCAGGGUGUGACUCUGAAAUGCAAAGCAGUGGGGGAUCCAGACCCAGAGAUUCACUGGCGGUCCCCAGACGGCAAGCUGGUGCAUAACAACUCCCGCACCAUCCUGUACGAUAAUGGCACCCUUGAUAUUCUCAUCACCACGCUAAAGGACAGCGGCGCAUUCAAUUGUGUGGCGUCCAAUGCCGCAGGCCUCGCCACAGCUGCUGUCGAGAUCAACAUGAUCCCUUUACCCUUGUUUGUUAACAACACGGGCCACAUGCGCGAAGACCCCGGCCUCUCAGACAUCACCACCUCCUCCAAAUCUGGCAACGACACCAAGGGCUACGACAAGCAGGACAGGAGGGUGAUGGUCAGCGAGCUGACCUCCUCCUCCGCCGUGAUCCGCUGGCCUUCUGAGCGCCACAUCCCCGGCAUCAGGAUGUACCAGAUUCAGUACAACAGCACAGCGGAUGAUACUUUGGUGUACAGAAUGAUCCCGUCUACCAGCAAGAACUUCCUAAUCAAUGAUCUGGCCGCAGGACGAGAGUAUGACCUUUGUGUGCUGGCGGUUUACGACGACGGCAUCACAUCUUUAACAGCCACGCGCGUGGUGGGCUGCGUGCAGUUCCACACGGCCAGCGAGGUCAGCCAGUGCCGCUUCAUGCACAGCCAGUUUCUGGGAGGCACUAUGAUCAUCAUUAUCGGUGGUAUAAUUGUCGCUUCGGUGCUGGUGUUCAUUAUCAUCCUGAUGAUCCGUUACAAGGCCUACAGCGGCCCAGAGGACAGCAAGACCAAGGUCAGCUCCAGCAUGCACUCCCAGACCAACGGCAGCCAGCAGCGGCUCCCGCGCUCCGUCUCCAAGCAGCCGUCGGACGACGGCCAGCGCGAAGCUCACGCGCCCAAAGAGUGCAUGGCGCUGGUGCUGAGGGUGGACAAUGAGAAGAAAGAGAACCCAGCCGCCGCUGCCUCAGCCGCCGCCGCCGCCCUGGAGGUGGAGCUGCCGCCCGUGAGCGUAGACAAGGUGCAAAGAAGAAGCAGCCUGGAUGCGCAGCGCUCCGGCCCCCCGUCGGAGGACACACAGACGGACAGUAGCCUGACGGGCUCCACCAUGUCCCUGUGUCUCAUAGGCCCCAACGCCGGUACCAAGGAGGCUCCCAGGCUCAAGGACAAGAAAGGUACUCUGGCCAACAUGGGAUUGCUCCCCAAUGAGCUGGCACGAACUAGGCACAGAUUCUCUUUUGACGGAGGGGAUUACUCCAUUUUUCAGAGUCAUAGUUACCCACGCAGAGCGAGGACGAGGUGGCACAAGUCCACCAACCAGCUAAACAUGGAGUCCUCGCCGCUCGCCAACAGAAGGGUGACGUUCAGCAGCACUGAGUGGAUGCUCGAAAGCACAGUUUGAGGAGCGCGAUGCAGCCGGGGGGGGGGG